CUUUCAAUGAUGGUUUGUCUGCUGGACAGAUAGCUACGUUUCUUUAUAAAUUAUUGAAUACCAUCAUGCAGCUGCUGUGUACAUAGCUUAAGCAAUUCGCAUCGUAAUCAUCUUUCUCGCCGUCCAUUAUUUGUAACGUUAUUUAGUUUAUGCUUUCAAACGUUCAUCGCAGAUCCGUCUUCGCAUAUUUUCAAGGACAGUCAUGCGCGAAAAACGCCGUUUCCUGGUGAACACGUAGUCAAAAGUGAAAGUAUAGCUCCAGGUUUUUCCCGCGAUUAUCUCCGUUAAUUUGCUCGAAGAAUUUCUGUACCAGAAUGGGCAAAUGAGGAAUAUCGCUUUGAACCUUUGGUGCGGAUAACGUGCUAGAAUUCUCACUCCAUUCGCUGCGGCUGCUCAUUCAUAGAAAGAUCGAAGCGUCGCGAGGGAUCUCAAAAAUGAAGCAUAUUGCAUUAUACUUGUACAUUAUUUUGUCCUAUUGCUCUGUGAUAAUAUUUGGCCAAGGACCGGUGACGAAUUUCCAAGUGCAGGAUUGUGGCGUUUCGUGGGAUUGCGUUGGAUUCCCUAAUGCAGACUGUGUCGGGAGAGGGCUCUGUACAAACUUACUAAAGUAUUCAUAUGCAGCAUCCGAUCCGAACCAUGUUAAAGUGGAACUGCAUGGCAUUCCGCCCAUGGCUGGAGCGAAUGAUUUCUGGAUUGCGGUGGGAUUUAAUCACGAGCCGAAUUCAAUGGCUGGAACACUGGUUAGUGAAUGUGUUUAUAACGCCGGACAAGUCGACGUUUUUGCCUCGUAUAAUGGAGAGGGAUACGUUAAUCAGCGGCUGCAACAGCCAAAAGACGGGAUAACUGGCAUUUCCGGUUCCCUCAAGAACCAGAUCCUCACAUGUUCUUUCACACUAAAUCGCUUACGACGCGCGAAUGACAUGGAUUUUGAUUUGGCAACACCGUUAUACGUCGUGAUGGGCCAAGGGCCGGCGGAAGCAUGGGAACUCAAGCCUCAUCAUGUCUCUCCUUACGUUACUCCUGACAAGUUAACCAUCGCCUCCAAUCAGCCACGAAAGCCGUUUCCCAAUCUCCAGCCGCUUCUGACAGUUUCUCCCGUGCCGGCUGCCACACCGGCGAGCAACCAUGACGUUAUGGACGCCUCAGCGCCAGUGGCCCGGCAGAUUACACCAGGAAAUUCCGUGGAAGGCUGUUUCGAGACAAAAGGCUGCCUGACCUAUCCACCGAAUUGUUUCAGCUCGAAGACGUGCGUUGCCAUUCUGUCGUACACUGCCGACCCUGAUAACAAGGGUCAGGUUCGCAUGGAAUUAUGGCGGCAGGUGACUCAACCCGGAGAUCAUUAUGUCGCUGUUGGAUUGGCCGCGGUUUCACCGGAAAUGGCUAAUUCCGGUGUUUUGGCUUGUGUGUCUUAUGGAGAUAAUGUGGACGUGAUUGCCUCAUACAAUCCUGGACGGUAUAAUGUGGAAGUCAACAACCAACGAGAGAAUAUUACCGUGACGAAAAAAGGCAUGGAUGGCAAAUCGCUGUACUGCCAGUUCACGAUGCCGUCACGUCGCUCGUUCGCCGGAUCUUUUGCCAGUUCGCCGGUAGUAAUUGACGUCAGCAAUCAGUCAUUUCUCAUGCUGGCUCAUGGUCCGGCUUAUCCAACAGGAAAGAUACGAAAGCACAGCAUUAUGCCGAUAAGCACGGCGAAUGCGGUCAGAAUGGACAGCGUAGCAGCCGUCAGGAGCUCGGAUCUGCCUUUAAAUUUGUACAAAUCGCAUGCUGGUCUGAUGGUGGGUGCGUGGAUGUUCCUAGCCAGCGUUGGCAUUUUGACGGCACGUUACUAUAAAACGAUGUGGACUGAUUAUUCGCCUUUCGGAAUAAAAAUCUGGUUCCAUAUCCAUCGGCCGUUUAUGUUUUUGGCUGUUCUGGCAUCCAUCGCCGCCUUUGUUAUCAUUUACAUCCGUACCGGCGGAUUAUGGACUGCCACGCCGCCAUCAGAAAACGCUCACCCGAUUAUCGGGUUCAUUGCUUUUGUACUUGGCCUAAUGCAGCCGAUCGUGGCACUCUUCCGACCAAAUCCCGGCGCAAAAAAUCGGCCUUUAUUCAACUGGUUUCACUGGGGAGUGGGAUUCGCCUGUCAUAUCCUAGCCAUUGCGGCUAUUUAUCUUGGACUGAUGAUGCCCCAAAUGUCCAUUUAUACCGAUUAUGGUUAUACUCCCAUUUGGAUUAUGGUUGCGUUUUCCGCCUUCCAUGCCUUGUGGUUGAUUUUGUUGCAAAUAAUCGAAUGGAUAAUUCCAUCGUUAAAAAAGAGACAACAGACGAUGCAGAUGAAGACGAUUAAUGGCAACGGCCAGGUUUACCAGGAAACAACCAUCUCACGAUCAAAACCGGGAAGUGUUCUGAAAACCCUGAUGUGGAUCUUCCAUUUUGUGGUUGUCGCCGGUUUCACCAUCGCUAUUCUGGUGUUAAUUGGGAUCUCGCACUAAACAGUCUGGAAGGCUGUUGUAUGCUGCUAAAUUUGGUUUUUGAUUAAAGUUUUACCGGUGCCAUAAGGAACCGAAUGUGUUUCUGUUAAGUUUUCUGGAGUUUAUUUCCGUGCUUUGUCUUCUAACCCCGAUUUGAAUAUCGGUACUGCAGAAUGUUGAACAGUGUUUUACGUUUAGGAGUAUUAAAAUGCCAUGAUUGUUGAAAGCUUCCGGA